UAAAAAAUGUCCCCUCUUUCCCCAUUCUACUACAUAUUUGGACGAAAUCCUAAAACUUCCAAUUUUCUCUGAUAUACCUUUAAUAGUUUUUCCAUACACUAUAACCUACUUUCUUUUCUAUAAUCUACAUUCAAAUUUCAAGCUCGCCACAUGAGCAGAGCUAAAUACAGAGCGGCCCGUAUGCGUAUUAACUAUGUCCUUACUACGCUGCCAUCUGAAGUAUAUAAUUAUUCUUAUAGGUAUGACACAAGUCACGAACGUUAUACCCAUACGCAUGUAUCAAUGUUUAUUAUAAAUCGGCAUACAUUCGCUCAUAGUCCUAUGCUAACGCAAUGCAAGCUUUUAUACCCAAAACAUUACUUCAGGCUGCUAUAAUCAAUUUAGUGAGAAAGUGAAAAACUGUUGCGUUUCGAUCAUUACUCCAUUCAAAAAUUUCGAACUACUUAAAUAUUUUAAUACUAAUGAACCCUUCUGAUUUGGCCUUAAGCAAAAUGCUGGACUUUUUUCUGACACUUAACUAUUUUUACCCACACGAAAGUAAAUCUCCCCUCGGGCCUUAACUAUGCAGAGUUCCAACCACACACGCAGUAGUCUUAAUCCGUAUACUAUACGUAAUUUUCAGUUUCGACGACGUGGUCUGAGCGCUUAUGUUGUAUAAAUAAUCGACUGGCAAAUUUCUCCUUUAUGUUUGCCUAUCAAUUUCCAGCACUUUUUGGUUUUAUGUUGUUCAACGUUUAAAACACGAACAUGACUAAUGCGUUUUUAUAGAUAAAAAUGUAGCUAAAAUAGCAACAAAAUACGGCAUUAUAUUCUGCUUAUAAAAAGUAUCAUGCAAGGGGGGGUCCUUUAGCACAAACGUCUAUCUAAUUGUUUCUUUCCGUUCAUUUUAUUGCCUAUAGUUCUUGUGUGGUGUAACUUGGAAAAAGUGUAUACUAAAAGUGAUUUAUCCUGAUGUGGCGGGCAACGACAGUUUUAUAACACGGUGUACAAUUUCAAAUCCUGACUCAAAGGCUGCAUACGCUAAAACAAUAACAGCUUCGCCCAUGAAAACUUAAAUUCUUCGGUUUCGGUGGCAGCGUUCAAUGAUCAUAUGGUUACGAUCUAAAACUGUACCAUAAUAAACAAUGGAAACCCCUUUGAUUUCGUGAUGGUUGAAUCGUGGGUAUUUGUAAUCAAGCUGCAGUUUGACAGGCCGGAUACUGAAUUUUGAUACGUACCUUCCCUUGGUAGAAUGAGAUUGUUGGUAAGUAGUGGCAAAGCGCAGGCUAUUAGUGUUAGCUGUAUAACAGAAUAUGCUGGUGUUAUGCGUCUGUGCAAUAACAGCAAAGUGUUGUAUUUAUUGCAACGUAGGAAUUAAAACACAGAGCGGCCCCGCUGGGUCUUUCGCUGCACGAAAGCGUCAUACUUCUAAGAACACGAAAGCAGUAAGCCUUUAGUACUGUGGGAUGCAUUUAUUAGGAGAGUAUGGAGGACGCUACAGCCGAAACAAAUACGCUGUAUUGUUUGCAAUUACGCUUACAUUAUUUUCUACAAAAAAAUUAUGGUGGAGGAAAUCGUUCCCAAUACUGAAGCCGCAAAAAGCAAAAGAAUUUUGUAAGACCGAACCAGAGUUUCAUAUUGAAACAAUUAAAGAAGACAUGCCCUUAAUAUUUGGAGUGACCUCAACCUAUGCAAGACAUCUGCAGCUACCAGAACUCACUCGUUUAUCGCAGACUCUUCUCCAUAUACCAAAGUUUCAUUGGAUACUGACAGAGGAUUCAUAUGAGAAAACUGAGACAGUGACCAAGUUGCUGCAGAAAUCAGGACUUAAUUACACGCACUUAAACGCGAAGAACAAUAUACCAAGUCCAACAAAGUAUAUAAAAGAUUACACUACACGAAACCUGGCUUUGAACUGGAUUCGAGGAAACAUACCAGCGACCAGAGAUGCUAUUGUAUAUCUUAUGGACGAUGACAACACAUACUCGUUGAAACUGUUUGAUGAAAUUCGUGCAACAAAACGCGCUGCUGUGUGGCAGGUGGGUUUAGUUGGUGACUUACUCAGCGAAGGCCCAGUAAGAUGUGAAAACGGCAAGGCUUUGGAAUGGAGAACAUUUUGGUGGCCUGACAGAUUAACCCCAAUCGACAUGGCUGGCUUUGCAUUUCAUAUCAAAUUACUCCUUGAAAGAACGGGGGCACAUUUUCGUGAUGUACCAGACAUGGAGUCUGACUUUUUAAGUUCACUUUGCGUCACACGCGAAAAUAUUGAAGCCAAUAACUGCAAGGAUAUCCUCGUGUGGCACACACAAACGAAAAUACCUAAAGUGAUGGACGGCAGCUCUAGGUCUAAAUAGAAUUAGGUGCUUUAUUAUAAGAUUCAAAGUUAGGUGUUUAUCACCGUUUCACCACUGCUAAAUUCACAGAUUCAGUACCGUAUACAAGUUUUUAAAUAAACGAAAUUUUGUUUUAAA